CGAACAUAUCUGGUACUGACACCGUCAGUUCAAGAAAGUCUCUCUUGGCUGCUUGUCACUGGUCUUCUCCCUCUCACAAAGGGCGAGUGCAAGACGAGAGUUUACCAUUGACGGAGGAAAACUCUCCCGACAGGCACAAGACCGGAGCUUAAUGUACACAACCGGCCCAGCUACCCGGGAUAUUAAGUGACCAUUUCCCCGGCAGGAUUACGCCGAGUUGGAAACCUACUCUGUGGAACUUGCGCUCCUCUGCGGCGUAGGCCUGGGCCCGGGUGGAACGCUGCCUGCCUUCAGUGUAGGGACUGCACGGUGUGACACUUUAUUUUCUGUAUGCUAAAUAACUCCCUGUUAUUAUUUUAUAGAGAUUGUGGUUUAAAUAUUGCAUGCUUAUGUUGUUUUGGUGUGUGGCUUUUCUUGUUUUUGUCCCUCACGAUUAGCAGGCACUGCAACCCAGCGGACCGGGCCUGCCCAACUGAGGAGGGAUAAUGCAGACCUUGAUACCAGUACCACAGCCCUCCUUAUCCCAGGCCAGGGAGAAUCUGGUGAAUGCUUUCCCCCCCAGGCUCCUCUGUCUGCUGGCCUGCGGAGGAAUAGGUUGCCGCUAUGAAGGACCAGAGUGUUGGAAAUUAAAUCAACAGGUCAUUCGAGGCAUCUUCUCCUGGGUGACAGAUGACAUCAUAGCCAUGGCACGGCCAUCUAGUCAUCUAAUUAAGAAGUACAAAAUCAUAGAGCAAUUUCAAAGGUUAAACAUCAGAUCAAUCAUCAACAUGCAGCUCCCUGGAGAACACGCUCACUGUGGACCUCCCAUAGAACCUGACAGCGGUUUCACGUACUCCCCACAGACCUUCAUGGACAAUGACAUUUACUUUUAUAACUUUGGGAUGCAAGACUUCAAUGCGUCCUCCCUUGUUGGUUUAAUUGACGGGGUGAAGGUUCUGGCCUUUGCACUGAGGGAAGGAAGAGUGGCCGUGCACUGCCAUGCAGGCCUGGGCAGAUCAGGUGCUUCGAAACAUGACCCUACAAAGAAAACAGCACCGCAGUGUACCUUUGGAUCACGUCAUGAAACCAAGACUGAGAUCACCCCUGGACCGAGCUACCUCAUUCCCUCCAACAUCACCAGAGUACGCCCUCCUGCUUAUUCUCUCUACAGCCGUCCAAAGGAUCCAAAACUAUUCCAGACCCCUGGACCAGCCACAUACUCCCCAGAAAAUGCUGGAAAGUCAGUCUUCCACUGUGCUAUGUCAGGGAGGGGCAAAGAAAUCAGCAAUAUUCAAACACCAGGUCCAGCCUCCUACUCUCUGCCCCCUCUGCUGGGAAACAACACUGUGGUCAAAUCCACAGCUCCCUCUUUCUCUCUUUGUGGCUGCAACAAACAUGGCAACUUCUAUGAGGACCUAAGUAAGACUCCAGGCCCUGCUGCGUACAACGUUGUGGACCCUAAUAUUUACAUGAAAAAAUGUCCUCAGAUCAGCAUGACAGGCCGCAACUUUCCACCUGGGGUAUCUACAAAGACUCCAGGACCUGGUGCAUACUAUCCUGAGAUGAUGACCUGCACAAGAUCCAAAGCUCCGAGCUUCUCUUUUGGAAUGCGUCAUUCGGAUGGAAAAUCCUGAAUAAUAUCUUGUUGAUCUCUUGUUUGAACUGGAAUUCAUCAUGAAUAAAGCAGAAAAAGCCCAAUGAAGUAAAAAAAAAA